GAAAUAAACGAUGUGGAUGUGCAGGAGCUGGUGAGAAGGUCAAUUGGAAGGUUAACAAUUAUUCGGCAGACAUUUCCAGUUCCCCAAAACAUAAGUCAGCGCUGUUUCCGUGGCAACCACAGAAUAUCUUCGUCACUGUGUGAUCCGAAGGACCCUUUCUCCCAAAGCAUGGAGAUUUCAAACCUGUACAUAUAUGACACUGUCCUCCUGUUGGCAAAUGCCUUUCAUAAGAAGCUGGAGGACAGGAAGUGGCACAGCAUGGCCAGCCUCACCUGCAUCAGGAAGAACUCUAAACCCUGGCAAGGAGGACGAUCCAUGCUGGAAACUAUUAAGAAGGGUGGAGUGAACGGCUUGACUGGAGAACUGGAAUUUGCAGAAAAUGGGGGGAAUCCCAAUGUGCAUUUUGAAAUUUUGGGGACAAAUUAUGGAGAAGAUCUUGGCAGAGGCAUCCGCAAGGGAAGGGGUUUGAAAGGACUAGUCGAAUCUGGUGAAUCAACAAAUGGUUACAGGACUGGUGCACAGCCAGGGGUUUGGCUACAGGACCAUGGGACUUGCUUUGAGAAACCUGGUCUUCUGGGGGCUGACAGGGUCCCGCUGUCAGGGAAGGGAAAAAGCAUCAUCAGUCAUAGGCUUGCCAAGCUGGUGAAGAGGGCUUUUAAACUAAAGUUACCAGGGAAGGGGAACUUCAAUCCACCCCACUCCUACCAGUUUGAUGCCAGUGCCAGAAAUAGAUGCCCAGAGCCUGGAGAAGGAACACAAGUCAGCAUGAGAGCACCUGAAGAGCAGCACAAAGGGAUUCCAGCCACUCCAGCCAGUAAGUCAGCUCUGUCUGGGGCCCAGCUUAAAUGCCUCUGUGCAAACACACAUAGUAUAGGUAAUAAACAAGAGGAGUUAGACAAGUGCGUAUGCCUGCAAGGCUAUGAUCUUAUUGGCAUAGAGACAUGGUGGGACGGCUUCUAUGACCAGAGCAUUGGAAUGGAAGAAUACAGGAUCUUUAGGAAGGACAGGCAGAGGAGAUGA